AUGAUCCCUUUCAUGUCUUCUGCAAAAUCUCAUCUUCUUUCACCUAUCAAGAACUUCAUCCAUGCUGAUUUCCAUGGAGUCUUUCAAAGAAUGACACUGACAGACAAAGUUCUCUUCCUGAACGUUCACGGCGUUGACAAGUCAGGCAUCGGGUGGCACCGUCUGCCGGUUUUCUUGGGACUGUCGUACUUGGCUAUACGCCGGCGUCUUCAUGACAAGUAUAAUUUACUCAACGUUGGGAAAACUCCUGUGGGUGUUCGGUUCAAUGCUGCUGACUUUCCGUUCAGAACAGCCGAUGGAAAGUUCACUGAUCCUUUCAAUGAAGGUACCGGUGGUGAAGGAAGUUUUUUUGGCCGGAACAUGCCUCCUGUUGAUCAGAAAGAUAAGGUACGUACAUUGAGAUUAGUGUCGUGUGGAUAUUGUUAG